AUGGGUCGUCCCCAGCCAGAUCGCGCGUCAUCAUCGCACUCCCUCCAUUCCAUCGACGACGCGCCGCCCCCGUACAGCGAUGAUCCCGAGCCCUUUCUCGACCCCGAAAUCUCCCAACCUCCCACCGGAAUUCAACCCCUCCGUUUAAUCGAUUCUGCCUACGUUCUCACGGGUGGGACAGACAUCAGACCACACGACAAGGUCGCUUUGACACUCGCGCCGGAGCUAUCCAGUGACUGCAACCAGCUCUACGAUGCCAUCAGCAAACAAAUAAAGCUGCCCCCGCGGCCCCUGCUCUACAUUAAGGGCACGCAUACAGAAUCGAACAAUAACAAGAAGGAAAAGAACAGCAACACGGUCACGGACUUCGAUUUCAGCCUCGAUCUUGCCGAGACCUUGCUUACUGGAUGGGAGGAUGGACGCGCAGAGUUCAACUGGAUGAGAGUUGAGAUCAUCCACGAUGAUGACCAGAAGUCUGUAUAUCGUGGUGGAAUCAUUCGCUCGCGGGCGUACAAAUCCCCCACGCAGGGCGCAGUCCGUCUGAACGAGGACAACGAGGCUCUUCUGGCAGGAGAGAGCGGAGGCGACCAAGAAGAUCGAUCCAUCGCAGGAAAAAGCCUCCGGUUAUGGUGCGAGCGGUUCUGCAACGAUCCAGCACCUGUUAAAUCAUUCACCCUCCAUCGCGAACUGGCAGGCUUCGACCCAAACACCAUGCGCAACGUCCUCUCCUCACACAUCCGCGAACUCAACUACCGCGGCACAAUAAAUUACGAUCUAACAAUCGCCCACCGCUCAGUAACAGUCUACUCUCCGCACUGGAUCAACCGGCUACGCGCAAACCGCUUCGUAUGGUGGGCGGUGGUCAUCUUGCAACUGUGGAUAAUCAGCUGGCCGAUAAUCUUCUUCAUGGAAAAGCGCUAUGAAAUUGCAAACGUGCGCUGGUUUUCAUCACUCAUCCCAGAGACUGACUCUGCGCUGGCUCGAUGCUAUGCUCGGGGCCGCAACGAGUCUGCUUUGGCGGAAUACUGGGCUCCUGCUGUGAAGCAAGCUGCUUGGAGUCGCAGGCAGGGCGGUUGUGAGGUUUUGACGCGUAUGGAUGCCGAUCGCUUGCAGGGGUAUAGUACUCAGCAGUUACUUGGCGUUCGGAGCGGUGAUUCGGAUGCCGAGAGGGAGAGGCGAGAGCGGGUUCAUAGUGGGGAGGGUGGGUUUUUUGAUAAUGUUGUUGGGCUGGUUAGGGGGAUUGGAGAGGUGAGGCAGGAUUGGAGGAUGUCUGUGGGAUGGGGUGCUAACUCUUGA